GGUUAAAGCUAGCGAAGAUGAUCCUAGAGUUGUUAUUGAAAAUUCGCACACACAUAAGCAAACAGCAUAUAGAAUUACAAGUAUUGAAGAGAUCUUAGGAGACGCCAAGGAAGAUUCCAAAGAAACGGAAAAAGAACAGGAAGGUGAAGAACCUGAAGGCGAGGAAUCUGAUAACGAAUCAAAAGAUCCAAAUUAUGAUCCAGCAAAAGGGAUGCGGAAGAGGAGAUA